UAUUGACAGGUUCACCAUGCGGGAAACACUAUAAAACGUGACAAAAUUAACAAGUUAAGAGUAACAAUUAUGAUCCAUCAUUCUAAGUGAAAUGAAAGGUUAUAUCAUAUAGUUAUGGCUACUAAGAUAAUAUAUUUUGUAGUGGAUGGUAAAAAUGAACAAGCAGAAUUUCGUAGCGAUGACUUUUCUGAUGAUUUGAAAGAAACUUUUCGCAGUGCAGCAGAGGCUGGGCCACAUGACAUACUGAAACUGUACAAUGUAAAAGGGAAUCUGGUUAAUAUAUCUCCUCGUUUACCUGAAAAUACUCCACAGACUAGAUACAAACUAGAAGUUGUAGCUACACAGUGCAAUGAUGCUCCAACAGGUACAGAACUGGGUGUGGAUUUUUCUGCCAUAGAAUCAAGACUUGGUAAAUUAGAAAAGAAAGUGUUUGUAGAAAAUGGUGAAAUGCCUCCAUUGGUGUUAGAUCUUCAAAACAAAGUGGAACAUUUCAAAGAAAAAUUACAGAGUGUAGACCACCUGAGCUGGUUAGGGUUAACAAAAGAGAUAUCCAGUGGGACAUCAUUACAACCGUUCUGGGAUAAACAACAAUCCAUACGAAAAACAGAAGAGCAUAAUAGAAAUGUGUUUGAAAAGUUCAGAAAAAUGCUCCAAGUUGAUGUUACAGAUGAAGUGAGGGAAUAUUUACGGAAGCCUACGUUUGAUAACUGGCAGUGGGAUGACCCAGAAAUGUUGAUAUUACUUCGCCAAAUGUAUAUAGAUUUAAAUCUGGUAUCAAAUCUAAAUAUUGAGAUGCCAAUCUUACAUAAUUGGUUGUAUGAAAUUUAUAGAAAUUAUAACCAAGUGCCUUUUCACAACUUCAAACAUUGUUUUAUGGUUGCACAAAUGAUGUAUGGGUUGACAUGGUUGAUUGACCUGCCAUCAUUACUAGAUGAUAUUGAUAUUUUUAUCCUGCUUACCUCAGCUAUUUGUCAUGACUUAGAUCAUCCAGGGUAUAAUAAUGCAUAUCAGAUCAAUGCCAAGACAGAGUUAGCUUUACGAUAUAAUGACAUUUCACCGUUAGAAAAUCAUCACUGCUCAGUGGCGUUUGAAGUUUUAGAAAAAAGACAUUGUAAUGUUAUGAGAAAUUUUUCUAAGGAUCAAUAUAAAAGGGUACGCGAGGGAAUGAUAAGGUGUAUUUUAGCAACAGAUAUGGCUAAACAUAAUGAAAUACUCAGUAACUUUAAAUCAUGUACUCCGUCAUUUGACUUUAACAACAAGGAUCAUAAAGCUUUGUUAUUAAUGGUCCUACUAAAAAUAGCAGAUAUUUCUAAUGAAUGUCGACCUCUGGAUGUAGCUGAGCCAUGGCUUGAAUGUCUUUUGCAGGAAUUCUUCAACCAGAGUGACAUAGAAAAAUUAGAAGGCUUACCUGUGGCACCAUUUAUGGACAGAGAAAAAGUAACAAAAUCAUCAUCACAGAUAGGCUUUAUCAAAUUUGCAUUACUUCCAUUAUUUGAAGCUUUGGGGCAACUCUUCCCUGUGAUUGAGAAAGACAUUAUUGGACCAGUACGGAAUGCAUUAGACUAUUAUACAGAUAUGCAGCGAGCUUUAGAAGAAGAAAAGAAGAAAAAGGAUGCUGAAAGUUCUAAAAAUGGCAUAACAAAAUCAAACAGUCAGAACACUGUACCUGUAUAGCACUAUAAAAUAGAAAAGUUAAUGACAACUCAAAUGGGGACUGUCUCAAAAUGUAACAGGGGCUUACUGGCCAAAGAAGAUGGUCUACAAUUGUGCUGUGUAAUUGUUAUACCUUUUUAGGAUUUUGGUAUACCUUUUUUCAUUACACACUUCAGUCAAUUGAUAUAGAUAUUUUAAUGAUUUAUAUAGUAUGCUACCUUUUCGUAUUAUUACUUUCUUAUCUGGUAAAUCUGACCAUAGUUAUGUAAUUUUGCUGUGUUUACUAGUAAAUUUUAAAUGGAGCAUUUUUAAAGAAAAACAAAGUAUUUGCUCUGACUGCCAUUUCAUUGAAUUUAAAUAAAAAGCAUUAAUGUUACGUUAUGUAAAUUGAUUGAAAUUAAGCAUGAAAUAUUUCAAAUAUGAGAUAUUCUGUAUUUAGAAGUGUUCUUCACAGCCAGAAAAAAAAAUCUAUUAUAAGUCAACAUUUUGAGACAGUCUCCAUACAGUGAAGAUCAAAUUUAUCUACCUCUGGUGUAUGUAACAAUAUGUAAUUGUAAUUUAUAGUGAUACAUACUCUUUAUGUUGGCUGUAUACUCUGGUAGUGUUUUUGUAAUCAGUAUAAAAAGGUUUUUUUUUAGUUGCUGAAGUUCCUUGUGGUAGUUAUUGUGCUUAACAUUCUGAAGCUAUUGCAACGGAACUGUAUCCAAAUGGGGUUUUAAAAAAUCAAAUAUCAUUAUCAAGUAAAGGUGAAAUGUAUCAUUUGAGUUGACCCAUUUUGUAGAACCUACUCAUUGGAUUUCUUUUAUUCAAUUUUCUCCUACAUAUGCGUGAAAUAUUUGCUACUGUACACAAUUUCAUCUGCAUAUUUUAUUCCACAUACUAGAAACACCACUCUAAUUUUGUUUAUGCUCGAAGUCAAUGUACUCCCCUUUUUCUAAUGAUAACGAUCGUCCUGCUGCUAAAUGAAAAAAGAAAAGUUAACAGAUUGUUUAACUGUGAACAUAUUCAUCGAUGCAAUCAUGGUGGUUUUAUCAUGUCAAAGUUUCGAAUAUAUAGUUCGUAUAUUUUUAUAAUUACAACAAAAGAAAGAUAACCAGUUCAAUAUUUCUCAGAAUGUUAUAAAUUAUUUAACAUUUUAAAGUUCAAAUUUCUAUGAGAUGUUAAAUAUAUAUUGAUUAAAAUUUUCAUAAUAUAAAAAAUUGGUAUCAAUUAAAAUUUUUAUUAAAUAGAGAUUAAUAUUGUUUAAAUUUUUAUUAAAUAACAAAUUUAUAACUGUUAAAAUGUUUGAUGGAUGUUCGACUAUUAAUAUUGAUUAAUUUUUUUUAAUAAAAAAAACAAAUUUAUAUUGAUAUUUUAUCAUAAAAACUAAUAAUAAAAUAUCAUUACGGAAUAGUUCUGUUUAAAGAACAAAAGGAAAGAGUUUGACUAUGCAAAUCAUUAAUAUGAAUUUAAAAUUUUAAAUUCUUCAAUUGAAAUUCUAUAAAAGAGAAUACAGAUUUUUAAAUCCACUUAAGAGCAAGCACAGAAAUUUUCAUUUGUAAUUAAAAAAUAAAAAGCAUGUUUACUGAAAAUCAUUGCUUACUCUUUGAUGGGAUUAUAAAAGUAUUAUAGCUAAAAUAAAUCUAGAAUAUCUUUGAAAAUUAUGGCAGUAAAUUGACAUUUCUUGACUUUUAAUCUGGAGAUGUGAGGUAUUAGUGUUAAGAAAGAAAUUAUUCUAAUUAGAGGGAACAGUAAUGUAUAUGUGACGGGCUGAUCAUGUGAAAUAUAGGAAUAUAUAAAGAAAAUUAUUUUGUUUUGUAUGAACUUGUGAAUUAUUGUAUUGAUGUGUUAUUGCCCGUUAAUUUUUCACACAAGGAAAACAAGUUUGUGAUAAUUUUUACAAGUUGUUAUAUUUUUAUUAUGAUUAUACUUUUAUAUUUUGAUAAUUAAUUCAGUUUAAUUGAUAUUCAUACUAGAAAAUGUAUAAAUUUCUGAAUCUCCUGUUUGAGUAUCAAGUCAAACUAGAGAACAUUAAAUGGCCUUUUCAGACUCUGCUUUCUCAACUGAAUAACAUAGGCAUUCAACUAUUUUUCACUAAUAACAUUAAUUCGACUACGGCAAAUUCAUUUGUUAUUGUAAGAUUUUGAUAAAUAUGUAGAGAUGUAGAGCAUUGAUGGCAUUUUUCAAACUCUGUUUUCUCGACUGAAUAAUAUAAUUACUUUUCACCAAUUUGACUACAGCAAAUUCAUUUAUUAUUGUAAGAUUUUGUAUGUAUUUUCAUUCCUGUUUGUAUUUUUUCCACAACCUGUACAUGGAUUGUAUUAAUUAACUUGUAUUUUGUCAGUAAUCAGAGAUCCCAGUAUAUAGUCUAAAUGUUAAGCUUUCGGAUUAAGUCCAUUUUAAACUGUUACGUUAAAUCAUUAAAAGGAGGAGAUAUGAUGAGGCUACUUUUUUCCCAUUGGGUUAGUCAUUAAUAUUUAGAUAUGAGUCUAGACUUUACCCCUUAAAAAUAUUUUGCUGAAAGAUGCAGGGGAGAUCAAACCAUUUUGAAAAGGGGGAGUUCCAACCAUAUGUCCCAUUCAAAAGCAUUGAUCAUCAAAAAAGGGGGGGGGGGGGUCCAACCCCCUGAACCCCUCCCUGGAUCUGCCACUGAGAUGAAUUUUUCAGAAAUUUUUGUGUGAAAUAUUUUCUUGUAAGGCCUUUGCUCAUAUGAUAUGCCAGUUUCGUCAUGAUUAAGACAUCUUGAGUUACAUUUUCGCACUAAACUGUCCAGAUUAUAUCAACCUGUUCAUUUAUAAAUGGAGUUCACAUAAAUAAAUAAAUUUACUAUUUUUGCAAUUUCAGUGGCCAAAUAGUGGUUCUUAUCAUACCUCCACCUUUCAUAAAUAUCAUCCAUGUGACCCAGUUUCAACCUCUCAGUCAUGAUCUAGUAACUUUAAGUUUUAUGAAGAAGUAUUUAUGAUAUGCAAUUGCAUUAGCAUUCAUGACUUGUGAUGGGGGUGAAUUUGUGGCUCCACCUACAUCGUCAUACAUCAGAUCUAGAAAUGUUUACAUUGUUCAAAUAAUAAGUUACCUGAUUAGGUAUUGUAUUUAAAGACAUAUUUAUGGUAUGGCAUUAAUAUAUAUUAUGCUGUAUCAGCAUCAAUACACCUUAGGUUCAGCACUAUCCCUCAAGUCAUGCUUCAGUGACCUGGACUUUUUUAUAUUGAAAAAAUGUUAAGUUUUUCUUGACUAGGUAGUAAGCAGGUAUAAACUUUACUAUUGAUAUUUAACAUAUAGUUGCAUAAGUGUCCCUGUUUUAAACUUUGAGAAUGAUAUUAGGCAUGUCACCUGCAUCAUGCUCCGGGUACUAUGGAACUUUUACAGUUAACUUAUAAUUGGUUUUCUGAUUAAGAAUGAUUGCAAACAAUUACUUUUUCAGCCUAUUGAUAUUUAGUUACCUGUUGCUACGCACCUCUACAUUUGUGUUUCAAGCAGAAUUUAAGACUUCAUUGAAUUUUGAAAUUUUAUAUUGAUCAAAUGUUUUGGAAUGAAUUCAAAUUACUUUUUAUAGACAAUUUAUAAUUUGGAAUUAAAUAAUACUAAAAUCUGAAUACAAGUCUUUCAUUUACAAGAACAUCUUGAGGCUAUAUAUUUUUAGGAAAUUACACUGAAGCCCUAUUAUAUAAUUCAUGAUAAGCACCUAAAGAAUUGAAAGAUAUUACCUGCAAUAUAGAUAUUGUUUUAUUUAUAAUUAGUCAAAAGUACUUGUAUAUAUUAGAUGUCAUAAAGGUCCAUGCACAUUAUUGAAGGGUCCUGGAUAUCAGAUUUGCAGUUUUUUACCCUGAUUGUUAUGUGUUGUAAACUUUGAACAAGUUGUAAGUAAAUCAUGUCCGUCCAUAUUGCCUACAGCUGCUGCUCCGUCAACCCCUGACUGUGCCAAACUACAUAAAGAAUGUUUCAACAAUGUAAAAUUGGAUUCUGUAUUUUCAUUCAUUAUUUUUUCUUCAGUAAUUCGGUUUUGGUUUUUUAACAAUUUCACAUUUGGUACUACUGAUAGCAGUAGUAUGUUUUAACAUUAAAGAAUUUAACAUAUUGUUUCAAGUACAGGAAAAUAGAUAAUAUUUUAGUUAUUCAUUCAUGCUGGUACAUAAUAUAUUGGAUAGGCAUCAUUGAUGCAAUUAAUUAAAUAUAAAUAAGUUGCUACUGUAUGUAUGAACAAUUUUAUUUGAAAGAAUUUGAAAGAAAUAUAUAACAAUUUCAAAUCUCUAAAUUUAGUCUCAUCAUUGUAUGGGUGACUUCUAUCAAAUAUUUUUUUUUGCAGUGGCAAAUAUUUAUUUGAUAACCACAUGAUGCUGUGGUAAGAAGAAGUUCAGUCACAAGUUCUUUUUAACUUAAAGAAAAAAGAUUCAAGAUACUUUAAGAUUUCUUUAGUUUAUUUAUGUAGUAUUAUUUUUAUAGUAUUUAUAAUAUAUUUUUAUAGCCCAUGCCUGAAAUAGAGUAAGAAAACAUUCUAAAAUUUAUAUUGUGAAUAUUGUUUUUUUUUUUUUAAUUGAAUUGAUUGCUAUACAGAUAAAAACUUGUCAAGAAGGUAUUGGUAUUGUUAGGAUUGUAGUGGUAUCUUUUUUUAAUGAAAGAUGCAAAUUCAUACACUGCAGAUCGCUAUAUAUUAUCUCCCUUGCUGUAUUUGUUACAACAAGACAAGCUGUGGAUUUGUAAAUGUAAUAUGACAAAGUUAAGUGCAGUUUUUUGGUUUGAAAUGGCUUUAAUUUUAUAUGAUUACAUUGGACAGAUUAUUUCAGUUCAUAUUUUUUUUUAACUUUCACCAAAAAAGUGAUACAUGCCAAAGAGUUCUAAACAGGCCAAAAUUGUUCAACAGUACUAGUGCAAUUUGUCCAAAAUUGUGAUAAGAUUAAUUAAAGAUAAAAAAAAGUCUUUAAUUAUAGGAAUUAAAUUCCAUACAGGAUCAGAUAAGUAUUUUAAAGAAAAAAAUGCUAGCAGUAAGAUUAUCUAGAAGUUCUAUAUUAAUUUUCUGGAAUUGCAAUGUUCAUUUUCAUAUUAUUUCAAAUAUUCAUUUUGAUGAAUGAAAAAAAGGAAGUGUACCAUUGAUUUCUUUUUGAUUAUGAAUUGUUAUAUUUGUUAUAAUACAUUGCUUUCAUCAGGAAACUGUUUCAUGAGAAUAUAUUAAGACUGAAUACAUGACUCUUACAUCAAUUUAUUUCUUUGAGGAUUUAAAGACCACCUGUUUUUUUUAAUUUUGAUAUUCCUUUAACAUGUCAUGUGCAAUAUACUGCUUGCAGAUACAGAUGUUUUGAAUGAUUUUUCAAAAAAAAUGUAAGCAAUUUAGCAGAUAGGAGGAGGUAUAAUAAGAGAUAAAAGUCAUUAAAUGGCAACUGAUAUGGCAAAAAGUUAAAUUCUUCAACCCAUUCAAAACAAGGUUAUUUCUAUUUAUAAAUACUAGGAUAGGAUAAUACAAUCUGGACACUAUUUCAUAAAUGAAAGUUGUGAUGUCUUAUGAGGUCAUAAACAUGUUCAAGUUAACAUAUUUGACCUAAAAUGGCCAUUUUGCACAAUAUUUUUCAUCAAAUUAAUAAUGAACCAAGGCCUUACCCAAAAAGAUAUUUUACAACAUAAACAUCUUUGCAUAAGACAUCUCAUAGCAAAUUAUUUUUUUGGGGUAAUGCCUUAGCUGAUAACUUAGUAUCAAUGACAAAAUCUCUCAAAAUGAGAUGAUUUUGGGCAAUUUUUGCAGUUUUGCAUCAAACGAGUGGAGUUCGAAGCCUUAUUAAUGCAAUUUAAGAUUUAAUAUACUUUUUGAUUUUUGAUUUUGAGUAGUCAACAAUAUAGCCUUAUACCUUCUCCUAUGUGAAGUUUGCUGAAAACAUUUCAGCUGACAACUUCAUGUUUCAUUUGAUACUAACAUUAUUAGUUUAAAGUACUUUAGUUUGUUAAAUACAAAUAGAUCCAACUAAAGGUUUUAAUUUC